AUGCCAAUGGAUCAGGCACCUAUUACAAGAACCGCAAGUGCAAACACAGGUCUCACAUGCGUGGAAGAUGGAGAUGAGAGCUCGAGCGGACAAGGUUCAACAACGCAGCAGGAGUUGAACAAAGACGUGGAAAGCGACUGCAGGACUACUAAAGAGCCAUACCACAGCUCACCCGCAACGCCUCAACGCCACCUCUCCACCGUCCACCAAGAACCCACAAGUAGCACCAACAAUACCUCCAAGCUGCCCAGCAACCGCAUGUCCCACCCAACCGCCUGGUCCACCUUACACCCUUCCGAAACAUGGUCUACAAAUCCCAACCUCCACGCUCGCCAACUCCACUCCGACACCCAACGUAUCCUUGCCCAGCUCCCCAACGAACCUGCCUACGCUUUCCGCGACACAGAAAUACGCGACGCCAUCUGGGCACUUAUGCACAGGAUCGAAGAUUUUGCCAGGACGUUUUUCCUGCAACAGCAGCAGCAGCACCGGCAAGGCGCGCACGCUUCGUCGCCUCUUGGAGACGACGACGGCGGCAAUAACAAUGGGAAUGAUAGGGUAGAUGUGGUGUUAGAUAAACAUUUUUAUUCGGGGCUGAGUCCGGAGACGGCGAGGGUGAUUGCUUGUGUAGCGUCCGGUGGACCGGGUGGUGUAUCCGGGUGGCAUGAUGUGUUUAUGAACAGGGAGAAGAUGCAAGCGCUUGUGUGCGGAAUCAUUGCUAACGUGGUUUCGGAGCAAGUCCUGAAACAUGGAUUUUUCGGGGGCACAGAGGAAGGUGUGCAGCGAGUGAGGGAGGUUGAGAAGGACAUGAGGGAUUCUGAUGGAUUCGAUCGUAAGAUCAAGUACGCAGCUGUUAUCCGAUCGCACCUACCAACGCCGACUGCCUUACCAGCCAAUUUUAAUGCCCACGUCAAUAUCAUCGUUGGCGCGCUGUAUACGCAUCUCUCGCCCCUCCUGGCCCUCGUUACUCCAGAUAACACACCAACGCUACCAAUCCUCUUCCCGCACCUCCAGACUCUCGUCAUCAGCGCCGGUCUCCUGAGUCUACACAUGUCCCUCUCCCCUCACACGAUCUACCACCACGUCCCGCUUUUCAAAGAAGACACGUACGUUUCCUCCUCGAUGGAGUGCUUCAACGAACGCGCCAUGCGGUUGAGUAAUAUGCGUACAUCGCUGUCUUGUUUAUCUUCCCUCUCCUCUUCUUCUUCCCCUUUCUCCUUCAGACCAACGCAAGAGGAGCUACAACAAGAAACAGCCAGAAGAAAUAGAUUAAGUGAAACCGAGAAACGCCGAGCAGGCGGCGAUGUCCCUCAGGUACAAAUUGUGUGUAUGGAGGGCAUCACUGCGUAUAGGCGAGGGGGCUGGGAGAAGAACAAGACCAGCCGUAACGAGAAACUGGUUUUCGAAAAGAGCGAGUAUCAAAACAUGGGUAUACGCGCACGUAUCCUAACCCACGGCUGGACAUAUUGUCGCUGGGGUCGUGCGCGUAGCAGCAGCGACAGUACGCAGAACCCAGCUUGCCGAGACAAUGAAGAUACUGGUCGUAAGAUCCACGGUGAUGUGUGGAGGGACGGCGGCUUUGUAAACUGUUCCGAUGUUGAAGGGGUGGUGGAUUGGCUAGGGUAUGGAGAAGGAGAAGAAGCGGUUGAUGAGAAUGAACAAGAUAGGCGGAGAACGUUUUCAGGACGUAUGAUGACGAAGAACAAGGAGCAAGUUGUUUGA